UAUAAUUUAUGAAUCUGCAGCAUGCGACAGAAAUCAACAAGCAAAAUCAUCAUGUAUCAAAAUAUGCGCACCGCAAGACAGAAAUUAUCAUCUAUGGACCGAGGGUGAACGUCAUGGCGAAUCAAACACCUGAUUACCAUGGGGACAUUUACCAAUGGAAUCGCACGGUGUCGGUGGACGAAGGAGAUGUGGAAAUGGAAUAUUAUCUACCCAAUUGGACCGAUCUUAUUCUAGCAGGAUUAUUCACGAUGCUGAUUAUUGUUACCAUAGUCGGCAAUACUCUAGUGAUUGCGGCUGUAAUUACUACCAGACGAUUACGGUCCGUAACUAAUUGUUUUGUGUCUAGUCUCGCGGCAGCGGAUUUAUUAGUCGGUCUAGCUGUGAUGCCACCGGCGGUUCUGUUACAGCUUACAGGAGGUACUUGGGAAUUGGGCGAGAUACUAUGUGACUCUUGGGUCUCCCUUGACAUUCUACUCUGCACGGCCAGUAUUCUCUCGUUAUGCGCCAUAUCUAUAGACAGGUAUCUGGCCGUAACUCAGCCGUUGAUAUAUAGCCGUAGACGCAGGAGCAAAAGACUGGCCGGGGUGAUGAUAGUAGCGGUAUGGAUAAUGGCCGGUGCUAUAACAAGUCCACCUUUAUUAGGUUGUUUCCCGCGCGCGACGAAUCGUGAUAUCAAAAAGUGCUCCUAUAAUAUGGACUCGUCGUACGUGAUAUUUUCGGCGAUGGGCAGUUUUUUCUUGCCCAUGCUGGUAAUGCUGUACGUAUAUGGCAGAAUUUCGUGCGUCAUAGCGAGCAGACAUAGAAAUCUGGAAGCGACUAACGAGGGGGAAAAUGUCCAACCACGCCGUAAAAUCACGAUUGAUCGUGGAAAAAGCUUUAAAAUACAACGUACGGAUUGUGCCGAGAGUAAUGUGACAUGCGACAAGCCAUCCGAGGAAACCGAACCAAUGAGUAUGUGCAAAAAGUUAGGCACAAUCCGAGGUAAUCAGCAGAGCUGCAUCAACAAAGUCACUAGAGAGACGAAAACUGCGGGUACCCUGGCAGUAGUUGUAGGCGGUUUUGUUGCAUGCUGGCUACCAUUUUUUAUUCUAUAUCUGGCAACACCUUUUGUACCUGUGCAGCCACCAGAUGUUCUUAUGCCAGCUUUGACGUGGCUAGGGUGGAUCAAUUCAGCUAUCAACCCGUUCAUUUACGCCUUCUAUUCGGCAGACUUCAGGCUCGCUUUCUGGCGACUAACAUGUCGGAAAUGUUCGAAGAGUAGAUUAAACUUGGAUGGUAUGAAUCGGAAAUUACCCGCUCCAGUUAACUGGAAGAAAGAUACAUCGAGGACGUGAAGAUCUCCGCACAAGAGUUUCAAACUUGUUCAAUUAUGUGGCAUCUCCGGUAUUAAAAUGACUAUGGUUGACUUGCGUUUAUUCAUAUCCGCGAUACACUAAUGAGAAAUGACGUGAUCAGAGCUAGACAUAUAUAAUUUCAAGUAUAUAUAGGCUUUAACCAAUCAAUAGUUAUUAUGCAAUUUUAUAAGGUAUAAGUGUUUCACUACGCACAAUACAUUGGAAUACAUAUUGGAAUAGCUGUUCUCAAAAAUCGUAUAAACAUAUAUGUCAUUCUUUUGUAUAUGCGAUAUAAUUGACUUUCAUAGUUUUGUUCAAUGUUUAUUAAUGUUGGGAUAUUUUUGUAUAAUUAUAUUUCAUUAAACUAAAUUUCCAAAAUGCAAUUUACAUAAUUAAUUUUAUAUAUAUAAUUAAUUAAGUAAAUUGUAAGAAAAAUUAAAAUAUCAAUAUACUAUAAAAUGCAUUUUUUAAUAUGCUUAUUGUGUAGCUUUUGUUGUCAAGAUCUUUUUUAUUAAAGAUUUUUUAAUGUCACAUUUUUUAUACAAUUUGUUAACUGACACGUAUUUGUUGUAUAUGUGACUGUGUGAUACUUAAAUAAAAUAUACGUUAAAAUGUAGCAGAUUCGUGGCAUGUAGCAAAUUCCUCUAAUGAAAACGACACAUAUUCUGAAAUAAAAAUAAUAAAUCUAUGUGAAUAAUAUAAUAUUAAAAUUAAUAAGUAUUUAAUCUCUCGCGAGAAAAAACAAUGUUCAAUGGAUUAUACAAUAAUAUGUAUAACUGAUACUUAAUCUGUGAUUGAUAUUGAUGUCAUCUUGUCGCAAUUUAUUCCUAAUAUUUGUAUACGAAUAAUAGAAGAUUAAACAUUUUCUUCUUACAGUUUCUUUUCAUAUCGACAUAUAUAUGAAAGUAUGCACAUUUUAUAUUCAGCUUUUCUAGGAAAACUUGCUACAUGUAUCGAAUGCUUUUUAUUAAUAAUUUGAUAUCGCAAAAUAUGCAGGAUUAUCUGAAUAUAAUAUUUUAUUUAUUUUUAUUUAUUUAGCUUACAUAAGAAAAUAAAAUAGUAAGAUAUUACACAUAUUAAAGGGAUGUAAAUUUACAAAUCAUGUAAAAGUAAAAAAAUUAUUUGUAGAUAGAUAUUAACAUGUUUAGGAAAUAUUAAAUUAUUUAUUAGUAUUAAAUAUAAAAUAUCAUAUUAAAUUAAUUAAAUUAUGAAUGAAUGCUAUUACGAAUAGAUAUUAGUUAACUGAGAGAGUAUUGAUAUACUUAAAUUUUAUAUACUAUUAAGAUUUAUCAACAUUUUAAUUAAAGACUGUAUGUAGAUAUUCUUCUCUACGAAA